AUGAUUACAAAGUCAUCAGGAUUCGUGGUGUAUACAGCAUGGGGGACGAUUCAUGGCGGGAACUCGAUGGUUCUGUUGGUAUGGUACUGCCGCCACAUCCACAUUUCAGAAUACACGGUCUUGAGCUCCCACAGCAUUGUCCUCGAGCAAGAACCGAAGAUGGAUAUAUGGGUGCUGCAGCAGUUUGAUACUGCGGGAGAGUGUUGGUACAAGCUGUUUUCUAUCUCCCCUUCCCCUUCCCCGUGUAUACUGAUGGGGCCGAGAGGAUUGUCGAAAGAUGGGAAAGUGAUUUGUGUCACCCGUGAUGAUCGCCUGCUUGUCUUGGAUCCCACCACUGGGCAAACAUAUGCUCUACCGGUUGGAGGUUGCCACCACUACUCUCUACAAGUUGCGCGAUCAAGUGCAAACCUAGGUGCUUAA